AUGAGACAAAUCACUCUUGGAACAACUUUCGGUUCUUUUGUGGGCGUAGAAGAGAAUGAAGUGAGGAAGUUCCUAGGGAUUAAAUAUGCCCAGGUGGAGAACUGGCUCUCUGCGCCCGAACUCAUCACUUCGUAUGGCAACAAAGUCGUCGAUGCUACACGAUACGGACCACGCGCGCCAGCACCAGACCUUUGCACAUUCGAGCAGUCUACCUUGAUCCAAUGCACCAUCGGCACCGCACCCGAGACUCCUAUGUCCCAUUCGGAGUGUCUCAAUCUAAACAUUACCGUUCCGUGUCUUCCCACUAAGACCGACGGCGCUCUACCAGUCAUGGUGUUCAUUCACGGCGGCGGCCUCAUCAUGGGCGCAAACUCUUGGCCGCAAUGGGAUCCUGCACGUCUCGUCAAGAUGAGCUCUGACAUUGCCUCCGUAUUGCAUCAUCUGAGUUGCAAAGAACCAUUGUUCAGACGUGGGAUCAGCAUGUCUGGAACACCGCUCAUGCUCAAACCACUUUCGCCUGCUGUGGCCGAAACAUCUUACAAGGCUGUUCUGCAAGCCCUGGGACUCGAAGACGCUUCCACGCAUGAUCGUAUUCAGAAGUUACUUGCCAUGAGUCCCGAAGACCUGGUCCAGAAGAUACCAAUCAAGAUUCCACUCGCUCCAUACCUGGAUGGCGACAUGAUUCCCGAAGCGCCCUCAUUCGCGAACUUAUCAAAUGGCACGCUCCAGAGCUUGCACAACACUCGGUGCGAGGAGUUGUUGGUAGGCUCGUGCGUAGAUGAUGGAAACGUCUUCUAUUUCAUGGGUCUGAGUUCGCGUCUUCCUGGCAUCGCAUCCGCAAUUCAUACAUCCUUCUCCCGCAACCUCUCGGCAUCGGUUGCUCAAGCCGUCUUAUCUGCAUACGGUAUCGCACCUUCAGCUCCAGACGAAGAGGCCAUGACAUCCAUCAUCAACUUAGGAACGGACAUCGCGUAUGGGCUUCCUGCAUCGUACUACGCGCGUGCUUUCAAGGGGAGGGUUUCCUCGUAUCUCUUUACUGAGCCAAAUCCUUGGGACGGCAUGUUCAACGGGAAGAGCGUGCAUUUGAUGGAUGCAGUGUUCCUGUUUCAGAACUUUAAUGAACAUAUACCUGAUCAGGCGAAGAAGACGGCCAGGAAAAUUGCGGAGGACUUUGUGGCUUUUGCGUACGGGCGGGCUGGUGGUACUUGGGCGGAGGGUCAGACUAAGAUAUAUGGGCCAGACUCUGGCGAUGUUGACAGACUGGAGACAUUAAGACAAGAAGGAGCUGUUGAUCUAGAUGAGGUCAGUGUGGCGUGGGAUUUGUUUGUUGCUGGGAAGUAG